AUGCUCUCCUUCAUCCACCGCAUCCUCACCUCCGACCACGCAGCCCGCAAACGCAAACGCAAGGCCUCCUUCGAAGCAGAAUGCCAGCAACGUCUAACAACAUCAGAAAUCGAGGAUUUAAGACAAGUAAUCGCCGAACAUAACGAUUACCUCGACAACAUCACGCACAACGACGACAGGGAACAAACUAUGGCUGAGUUCCUCGCUUUAACGGGGCAGCAGCAGAGGGAACAAAGCUCAGACUCGAAACGACAGAGGAAGGAUGAUAGAAGUCCUAGUGCUGGGAUGGGACAUCCGGGGUAUGGGCGGUUGAGCACGAUUCAGGAGAAGGGGGAGGAGGAGGGGCAGAGGGAGAGUGAGAAGCUGUUGGCGCGCAGUUCGAGUCGUGAUUUGAUGUGUGACGAGUCACCUCGAGAAGGGUCGGUUGGGGAUGAGAAGAGUGCGGAGGGGCAGGGUGACAGUGAAACGAUCGAUGUCACAAUGGGUUUGUCGAGCUCUUCAAACGCCACAUGGCGAAGUGAGGAAAGCAAUAAUGAGAUGGUAGUUGAUCAGGAUCUGUGGACGUGGAAGGGCGGAAAUGGUAUGUGGCGCUAG